AUACGCUGUUGUCAUGAAGCUUAAGUCCCUGUACCGAGGAGCCCUCUAGCCUUACAGUUUACGCAAAACUCACAGCUGAUUUGUGGUGGAUUGCUAACUCAGAAGUCAGAACGUAGCCUUCAAGGCUGGCGCCUUACCAGAUUUGAUUACUUAUUACUUUUUUUUUAUUUCAACAGGCUUUUUUGCUUGUUAAACAGAAAAACGUAAGUUGUUUUUAUAGAAAGCGGGCCUGAAAGCCUCGAUCAUGGACUACUCGUGUUCGAAAUCCCUAGCGCUCGAGUCAUUGUAUUUUGAUAUCCCAAAGCUACUGGCUGGCCAAGUCCGUUAUGUUUUAAAGAAGAGAUCGUCAAGCUCCCCGGACAGUGCUGAUCAGAAUCCAGUCCUGCUGCUGCCUGGAGCACUUGACACGUUGGAAAUGGCCUUCACGAAACAGUUGACAUCUUUUGAUCCAGCUUUGACGCUGGUGGCUUGGGAUCCACCAGGAUAUGGGUUAUCUGCGAACGUUGCAAAAAUCUGGGAUGAUCAAAUGUUUUUGAGAGACGCUGAAAUUGCCGCCGAUUUGAUGAAGUACCUUGGUUUUACCAAAUUUUCGGUAAUAGGAUGGAGUGAUGGAGCUAUGACGGCGCUGAUCAUGGCUGCGAAGCACUCGGAAGUGGUACAGCGUGUGGUUGCAAUUGCCGGUAAUGCACUCUUGCAUUCUUUGGACAUCGAUAUUUAUGAAGGUUGCAGAGAAAUCGACAAGUGGGACCCAUCCGCAAAGGAACCUUUGUAUGUUGUUUAUGGGAAGGAUAAGGCGAAUCAACUUUGGAAUUCAUGGUGCGAUACGAUGAAAAAUAUCUACAGUCAAAAAGGUGGCGACAUUUGUGGGUCAGUUUUGGCUGAAGUUGAUGCACCGACCCUUGUUAUACAUGGAAAGCAGGAUCCUGUUGUUCCUGUAGAUCACGCGCAUUAUCUUGCCAAAAAUUUAAAACACGCCUGUACAUCUUUGCCCAUGCAGAACAUGAUCCGCAUGUCAGCCAUUCUGAACACUGCAACACUAUUAUGGCAAGCUUUUUGAAACUACGAUGAGAAAAAGAGAUUCACAGAUUGGUUAGGAAAUUCAGCGGCCCUAUUUCCAUGUUGCGAGGUUUGGGGAAUAUGUCGACCAUAUUGUGGGACUGAGGUGUCUGCCACUGGGAGGGAGGAUGCAACGGCAUCAUGCUGUUUGGUAACGUGGACAGCGAGGAAUGUAGCAGUGACCGAACCGCUACGUCGUUACUUUGUGUCCCGCCGUUGCCGAAGAAUAUGUUGUUGAUUUUACUGGUUGUUCCAUUGAAAUCUUUCCGACCUGCUGGUAUAUGUUAUUUUUAUUGAAAUUCGUUGUAAUUGGUAUUUGAGGAAUGUUUACCUGGGCAUGUUUCUGUGGAGGGACGCAUUAAACCGGCAGAGUUGAUGCCAAGUCUCGUAAGCCUAAAGUUGCAUUCAUUUGUCCAGAUGUUUAAUGUAGUUUUACAGGGCUGUAUUUAAUUUCCAAAACAUCGCAUACCAUGUUUUUAUUCGCUGUAAUCGAUCAGGGCUGAGCUCCGGAGUCCGACUGAGUACCCAGAGCGACUGAGCAUUCAUGAAGGAAGCUCCAAAAAUAUCCAUGGA